UGUUUGGGCCCAGGCCGGAGGCAAUGCGCCGGGCCGGGCCGCGAGGGCACCCAGGGCCUCGGGGCGCGAUGCAGCUGGCGGUGGCAGGAGGCCGCCUGCUGGCGCUGCUGGUCCUGCCGCUGCCCCUGGCGCGGGCGCAGCACGGCCCCUCGCACCAGGAGGUCCUGGGCCUCGACCCAGAGGCGACGGUCCUGGAGGCGCAGCUGAAGUACGUCAACCUCACCAACACCUACAGGCCAUCGGAGAAGCAGGGGCCAGAGGCCCGGAAGCGCUUCGCCCAGGUGCAGGAGGCCUUCGCGCAGCUGGCCGGCGAGGAUGCGGUCCUCCAGGAGGAGACGCUGAGCAUGGUCGACUACUGGGAGCACGUGCAGCUCGUGGACAGCGACCCUGCGUUGGAGCGCUUCGCCGAGCUCCAGCCCGGCGGCUCGGGCCACCUGCGCAUCAUCUUCCUCGUCGAGAACGCGCAGCAGCGCCACUGGAGCAUCUUCACGACCGCCGCGCGGCUGCACGGCCGGGUGAAGGUGGCUCAGCUGAGCCCGGGCAGCGCGUACGGCGCCCUGCUGCGCAGCUUCAAGGUGAAGCAGCACCCCGCGGUCGUGUUCUUCGACCCACUGUCGAGGGUGUCCAAGGUCGGCUACGGCUUCGACGGUGUUCAGCAGCAGGCGGAGCGCCUGCUGCGCGGGCAACACGGCCCCGAAGACUACAUCGCGCGCGUGCAGGAGUUCGACCAGGAGUCCUUCGAGUGGCGCUGCGAGGGGGGCUGCGACUGGACGCUGCUGUUCGCCACCACCGCCGCCAAGGAAUAUCAGGACUUCUCCAGCGCCCUCAGGCCCUUCGUGGAGGCGUGCAAGAUGCUGCACUACUCGCAGCAGGCCUUCGGCGCCUCCUCCGCCUGCUUCUGGCUGCGGCUGGACAGGGCGCCCGCGUGGAGGAGCCUGCUGGAGGCACGCGGCGCCGACCUCGCCGGCGGCACGGCCAUUAGCGCCAUGUGGAGUGGAGGUCCUCCGGGCGAGGCGGGCGCAAAGGCACUGCUGGUGUUGCCGAAGGGCACAGCGGGCGGGACGGCGGUGGAGCUGCAGGUUUGGUUGUCGGACAGGAUGAAGACGGGCAUCGACUCCAUGGACGGGCUGAGGCUGCCAGGGCCGCCGCCGCCGCUUCCCCUGGCGCUGGAGCCCUGGGAGGAGGCGACGCAGAAGGGCUCCUGGGCCGCCGAGCUGUGGGCGGACGCGGUCGCGGCGCUUGAUUCCGCCGGGGCCGCCAAAGUGGUGGCGUUCUGGCAGGACGUGCAGAGGUGGGACCAAGAGGACCAGACCAUGCUCGCCGGCGGCGUCAUGCUCGUGGUCCUGGGGCUCUUCUUCCUCUGCAGGGCCUGCUGUUGCGGUGGCGGUGGGCGACCGACUGAGGAGCAGGCGCUUCAGGUAGCCCCCGUGGUGGCAGUGGCGCUGCACAAGGCAGAAGGCGAGAAGCUCGGCAUAAGCUUCCCAUCGUCUGGAGGGGCGGGGCUCAACGUCAGCGAUGUGGACGAGGCGGGGCUCAUGGGCAGGUGGAACUCAUGCCAGCCCGACCUGGAGCGGCGUGUGCAGACGGGAGAUCGUAUCGUGUGGGUAUCGGGCAGGGACGCUGCCGGCAAGACGCUCAUGGCCACCAGCCGCCAAGCCAUGGUCAACACGCUGAAGGGCACAGGUGACAUCUCGCUGGGCAUCGCGGCCAAGCGCUUCGCCCAGCCGGUCCAGUGCAUCCGUGGCACGGUGGUGCUCAAGGGGCUCAGCCUGCAGGAGGCGAUCGACUUUGGGCCCCCGUCCCGCAGCACGGGGGGCGACGCCUCCGACGCCAUCGCCGUGGAGGUCACGGCGCUGCGCCCGCCGCUGGAGGCGUGGAACGCUCGGCAGCGGGAGCUGGGCAGCUGCUGCACCCAGCGCAUCGAGGUCGGGGAUCGCAUCGUCUCCGUGAACAGCUCCACCGACGUGCGGUCGGGCCUCUCCGCGAGGGACCCCACUGUGGUGAUGGCUCGGUUCCGGCCCCAGGGCGUGGUGCGCACCGACGCGCUCGACGUGAACAUCGAGCGUUCUGGGCCAGAGGACCGACUGGGCCUGCACAUCCGGAACCGACCUGGCGACGCCGCCGAGAUCGAGGUGCUGGAGGUCGUGGACGGGGGCAUGGUGUCCCGCUGGAACGCCGGGGGCGGCCGCCCGGUCUUCGCUGGCGACCGGCUGGUGGCCGUGAACGGUGCCAGGGACAGGCCGGGCAUGCAGGCGGCGCUGCAGACUGGCAAGGCCACCCUCACCUUCCAGCGCUACGCGGACGACGGCGCCGCCGCGGGCCCCGGCGCGGCCGGCGGUCCCGGCUUCGCAGGGCACCCCAGCGUGUUGCAGACGCCUUCCGUCGGCGCCGGGCCCGCUGCCAUGGGGGGCGCUGGCCCCCAAGGCCAGCUCGGCGCGAAGCAGGCGCCCGCUGCGCUGAGCGGCGCCGCGGCGCCCGCGGCGGCCGGGGGAGGCGGGUGCCUGAUGCUGCUAGCCGGCGUGCUGGCGGCGGCCGCGUUCGGGGUGGCCGGACUGGCGGCGGACGGCAUGCCAUCGCCGCACACGGUGCGGAUGGUGGUCGGUGGGGGCAGGCAGGCCAUGCCAGCGUCCUUCAGGGCGUUCAUGGUGCAGAUACGCCCCGAGUUGUACGACAGCAUCGCGGUGCUUUUCCUCUUCGCUGGCUGCGCACUCACCGUCAGCUUCUUCUGGUGCGAGCUGACCGCGAGCACGGAUCGAAAGUGUUUUGCAUUUAUUUUCCAGAUAUUCCAGGCACUGCUUGCAUCCAUUUUCCUAGGGCAGGGUAGUGUUUUUUUGCUCACCUGGGCCGGCGCAUACGUGUGAGUUGGCUCAGCAGACCCAUUGGAUCUAUGCAGAUGUAAAUCACUUUAUUCCUGAUGCUAUUGAACCUGUUGCUGCUGCUGCUGCUGCUGCUGCUGCUGGUGAUUCUCCUUCUCCCGCUCUUUCUCGUGCAUGCUGCUGCGCACAAAAUUCACAGU